AAGUCGUCAUUCAGGCGCCGGCGCCCCACGCCGAGCAUCCUGCGGUGCAGUGGGCUGCCAUGUCGAUGGGCCCCGGCGGCGGCGCGGUCUCGGAGCAGGAGGACUCGGUGCUGUUCCGGCGCGGCACCGGCCAGAGUGAUGAUUCUGACAUUUGGGAUGAUACAGCAUUGAUAAAAGCAUACGAUAAAGCUGUGGCUUCGUUUAAGCAUGCUCUCAAGAAUGGUGACAUAUGUGAACCUUCAGAUAAACCAAAAAGCACACCUAGAAGAAAACCUGCUAAAAAGAAUAAAAACCAAAAGAAGAAUGCCACAGCUCCCUUGAAACAGUGGAAAGUUGGUGACAAAUGUUCUGCUGUUUGGUCAGAAGAUGGCUGCAUUUAUCCAGCUACCAUUGCUUCAGUUGAUUUUAAGAGAAAAACCUGUGUGGUGGUUUACACUGGAUAUGGAAAUAGAGAGGAGCAAAACCUAUCUGAUCUCCUUUCUCCAACCCAUGAAGCAGCUAACAGUAUAGAACAGAAUGCUCGGGAGAAUGAACAUGAAAGUCAAGUCUCAACAGAUGAAAGUGAAAGCUCCUCAGGGUCUCCAGGGAAUAAACCAAACAAGUCCAAAGCUUCUCCGUGGAGCUGUUUUCUCCCUCCACCACCACCGCCGCCACCAGGGCCAGGAUUAGGACCAGGCAAGCCAGGUCUAAAAUUCAACGGCCCACCUCCUCCACCACCCCCUUUGCUGUCAUGUUGGAUGCCUCCUUUUCCUUCUGGACCACCAAUAAUUCCCCCUCCCCCUCCCAUAUCUCCAGACUCCUUGGAUGACAGUGGUGCUUUGGGAAGUAUGCUCAUCUCUUGGUACAUGAGUGGCUAUCAUACUGGCUAUUAUAUGGGUUUCAGACAAAAUAAAAAAGAAGGAAAGUGCUCACAUGUAAAUUAAAGAGUAACUCAUACAGUGUUCUUUAACAGGUUCCGUUCUCUCCCAAGGAGAUGGUAUGUUGAUGGUUCCUGGUCGCUGUGUACAAAUGUUGUCAUGAACAUUUUUUGCGAGUCCUCAUGAUCAGCGGCUUCCCUUGUUCUGUGUGCUCCAUAUGUAAACAACCACUGACGUGCUUUGAGGGCAUCAUCAGUUUGAAUAACUGAGCUGUGGGAAAAUGAUGCUUAAACUGAAGGUCAUAGAGUAUUAAAGUCAACCUUUCAUAAUCGUGAUUGAGCACAACUGAGUGAUUGUAACUUUCUUAGUAUAAGCUUUUUAUUACUGCCUUUAAAAAUAAAGAACCUCUUUUGAA